AUGCCACAAUUCUUCAUUCCAACCUGUGAGAUAAACCUCAAUAGCUUGGGUUUUGGCAACCCUUUUAAGGAAAUACUGGGACCCGCAAUCAAUGGGACGAUCAAUGUUCUAACAGCAGCAAAGGAAGUGGGAGUGAAACGUGUGGUUGUGACAUCAUCUGUUUCAGCCAUUGUACCCAGUCCUAAAUGGCCACCUCAUCUCCCAAAGACUGAGGAUUGCUGGGCUGAUGAGGAAUAUUGCAAGCAAAACCAGUUAUGGUACCCGCUUUCUAAAACCCUAGCAGAAAAAGCUGCAUGGGAUUUUGCUAAGGAGAAAGGAUUAGAUGUAGUUGUGGUCAACCCUGGAACAGUGAUGGGUCCCAUUCUUCCUCCAACACUUAAUGCAAGCAUGCUGAUGAUUCUUCGCCUUAUCCAAGCAACUGGAAGGCAUUUAUGUGUUGAAGCCAUUUCCCAUUAUGGUGAUUUUGCAGCCAUGGUUGCACAAUUAUACCCUCAGUAUAAUAUCCCCAGGUUUUCAAAAGACACCCAACCGGGGUUAUUGAGAUCAAAGACUGGAUCGAAAAAGCUUAUGGAGUUGGGCCUUGAGUUCAUUCCUAUGGAGCAGAUUAUCAGGGACAGUGUUGAGAGUUUGAAAACCAAAGGCUUUAUAACUUGAAUGGGAUUUUUAAUUAUG